UUCACACUCACUGGCUCACUAAGAUCUCAACGGCGUAUCACGUAUAAACUUGAAAGACCCUAUAGACUUAACAGGAUCUUCACAGAAUGGCAAAGUCUGGCAUUUACUUGGGAUGUUUUAUACUGAUCCUAAUACAAAAUAUGGUGGCGGCAAAUCCUUUGUUCAACAGGAACAAUGUCCAGGAUCUGGAAAAUCUAAAGGAGCUCAUCCACCAACUAGAAGAGAGGGUGGCAGUCAACGAGGAGCCCGAAGUUUACCCAGAAUCUGAAGACAUGAAAAUGGAUGCGGAGGAAGAAGACGCCGGAAUUUCACCCGGAGCUCUCCGUCAAAGUGAAGAUAAUCUACUCAUGAACAUCGUCGACAGAAUUGCCCCAGAAAGUCCCUUGAGGUCACGGUUCCGGGACCUGGCUGGCUUGGCUAAAACGGCCAAGUCCUUCAACAGCUGUUUUGGUACCAGGAUGGACAGAAUUGGCUCGUGGAGUGGACUUGGAUGCAACAGUUUGAAAAAUGGUACCAAGAAGAAGAUAUUUGGGAAUUGAUCUCCAAACAUGGAGAUUACCGACCACGCUGACUACGGCUACCACGACUAUACGACGACAGCAGUCCCUUUAAGUCCUUUAUGCAGGAAAACGUAAUGAUAAUUAUAGUUUUCCAGUACAUUGAUGCAAUUUAAUGUUUUUUGUUUGUUUGUUUGUUGUUUUUUCUUCCCAAAAAGAGUUCCUGUCAUUAUUCCAGUUCAUAUGCAUAUUUCCAGUCACGUUCCCCUUCUUUACGCGGAAGACUUUUUAAUUUCAUGAGUUAAUUUGUGCUGAGAUUCUAUCAGAAAUGGACGUCUUCAAGAUUGAAUACCACAAAGCUGUGUAUUUAUUUGUGUCUUCCUGUGGGAUAAAAAGCUUCCAAAGAAAGUGCUAUUUUCCUUUGCCAAUAUUCGCUUUGAAUGUUUGUACAGAAUUGAAAGAGUCCACUUGUGUUCAUUGUCUUAUAGUUUUCUACUUUAAAUUGUAUAUGUGUACUGAAAUAUUUAUAAUAAACUACUUUUAAUCAA